GAGAUCCUGAGAUCCAUUCGCAGUGACGGGUUUUACACCGACGAAAUGGCCAUAGUCCCGACGCUCCAGAACAUGACAAGCCACAACCUCAUGCUUAUCGGCGGCAUCUCGGCUCGUUUCCCAACCGAUUAUUUGGACGGCUCUGCAGUUAACCUCUACCACCCGCAGAGGCAGGCCUGGUUCUUCUUCGGCACCAUGCCAGAACCGAGGUGCUACCACACAGCAGUACUCGUCGGCGACGCCAUCAUUGUGGCAGGCGGCCUGGACCCACUGUGCGUGACGAGCAGCGGCCACAUGCAGCCCUCCAAUAAGGCGUUUCUGUUCAACCUCCGCAAGCAAAGCUGGCGCAAGCUGGCCGAUAUGCACUGUGAGCGCGCCUACCAUGCCGCCGUCGGAUGGUCCGACCGCAUGAUCGUCUUCGGUGGCAUGGACAUUGCUCGAAAAACUCUGCCCAGUGCAGAGGUUUACUCCACCAAGGCGGACCAGUGGACGCUCGUUCACCCGAUGCCCGUGGGACUCAUGGGCAUGGCGGCCGUCACGCUCGACAACCGCAUCUGGAUUUUGGGAGGUGUUACUCGCGACUACAACGGCUCCAACCUCCAAGACUCGACCUACAUCUUCGACCCGCAAACGGACACCUGGGUCACUCACUCGCCCAUGCCAAAGAAGAGGGCCUUCUGCUCAGCCGUGCCCUUGCAGCGUGACAUCUGGCUGGUGGGUGGCAUUCUGGGCAUACGGCCAUUAGUGUGCACCGACCGCAUCGACGUGCUCCGAGUGGCACAGGGCAGAUGGGAGCGACGCGCCUCCCUGCCCGGCCUCAUGCACUCCGUUCGAGUCGUCAAGACAGGCUAUGAGGUGUAUCUGGUGGGCGGCCAGGACGAGAUGAACAGCCCGGUUGAUGACGUGAUCGCUUUCGACCGCACACAGCUGAGCUUGGUCAGGUGUACCAAGACACCGAAGGCCCUUGCCGGAUUCGCUGCCGUGGUGCUGCCCCAGGACUGCACGGCUUUGAGGAGGCCUGGAAGCACAGCAACUCCACAACAGCGUUGGUACGCUGCCACAGUCAUCCAGAGGGCGUAUCGACAGUACCAAAACGACGGCACCCUAAAGUAUUACUUCAAAAACAUGCGGUAUGGCCCUUCGAAAGUUGUCGCCUCUCGACAAACCUCAAUGCCUCAUUGGCCGCACACGUGCCUGAGGGACCUUGCGCCGGUGCAGAUCGAGAAGUGGCCGCCCAAUAAACCUUCAACAACCACCCUGAACGCCUACUGUGGUACCGGCGAACCUGGCGAGAGAAAGUACGCACACUACACAGCGCUGCGCGCAGACAUGGACCCGAACCUUGGGAUGCUCCCGUACAUGGACAGCUCCUUCCUGAAAACAAAGAGUGCCUUGGGACUGCGCAUGACGCCCGAGUGGAUGUCGGCUAGACUGCGCAUGCUCGAGCAGACGCAGCAGCCAUGCGACCCACGCUUCCCGGUGAUCUUGGUUGUGGGCGGACUGGACCCCCGUAACCCCAUGGGCUCAGGUUCGGCUGUCCUGAAAUACCACCCGUUUAAGGAUCAGUGGACGCUGGUUAACGCCAUGCCAGAGCCUCGAAACUACCACGCAGCUGCUUACGUUAACGACGUCAUCAUUGUUACGGGUGGCUACUCAACACUCAACAGGAAAAGUGGCGAAAUGGUCGCAACAAAAACAACGUUCAUCAUGAGCACUGAAACUGGCAAUUGGCAAAGACUACCGGACAUGUGGGAUGAAAGGGCGUGCCAUGCAUCAAUUGCCACAGAAGGCAGUGUCAUUGUUUUUGGUGGAAGAGGACAUCAUGGAAGAUUACUUUCUUCCGUCGAAGAGUAUGACUUAAAGAAGAAUGAAUGGAAGCAGCUAAACUCAAUGCCGGAGCCAAGAAUGGGCAUGGCUGCAGUGGUGAAGAAAAAAUGCAUAUGGCUUUUGGGAGGAAUGUCCGAGAGGCCCAAUGGCCCUGCUGUUUCUGAAGUUCUUCUGUAUUCACUACAGCAUGACAGCUGGACUCAAGGUAUACCGCUCAGGCUACCUCGAGCCUUUUCAUCUGCAACUCUCAUCAAUGGCAACAUCUGGCUCUGUGGUGGCUGCAGAACAGCAAAUGAAGAGGAGCACCCUGUCAGCAUGAACUGUAUUGAUGUGUGCUCCAAGCACUCGGAAUGGAAAAAAACUUGCAAGCUUGCAGUGGCCAGGCAUAGUGCUCCUACUGCAACCAUAGGUUCAUGCAUAUUCAUCAUGGGUGGCAUCAACAGCCAAGAAUGGGGUGUACUCUCCAAGAACACAUUGAUUGUUACUGACCGGAAUGCCAUAUUAUCUCCGAGCCCAAUGCCUCAAGAAGUUGCUGGACACACUGCUGUCACUGUGUUGCCCUCUGCUAGUCGGCAUCCAAUUCCCAGCAUCAAGUGGAGCAACACCAUAUUUGAAAGGCUUACUUGAUGCCUGCUUGUGGCCACAAAAAAAAAAAAAAAAAAAAAUUGCAGACAUUCAGCAUUCUGAUGGCAACCUUAGAAUGUUGCUGUUCAGUUGAUUCUCAUAAAAACAAACUGUUGGCAGCACAUCUUUAUUCUCUCUUCAUUUACCACCACAGUGGUCUCCUCCAGUCAUUAUCCCACUAACUGUGUGUCAAAUGACCUAAAAUGCAGGUUAUAGCAUAAACAUGUUAAUGCAUACACCUCACCAAUUGGAAUGCUAUGUUACUACCAAGCCAGGGGCAUAUUCAGGGCAGGCUACAUGGGGGGGGCCUUCGUCAAAACAUCCAGGAAAGAAAGGGGGGAUGGUUAUAUUGUGAGCGCUGAAGUGCUGGCAUUCUGGGGAGGCAUGGGCCCCCAAGAUCCAUCAGUGUACCAAGCUAAAUGCUUCAAGCAGUUGCUAUAGACACUGCUAUCGCUGUGU